AUGGCCAUUUUUAUGUGUUUAUUCUCUUUGGGAUCUGAAUUCUUCUCAGAGUAUGGAGGCAGCAUAGUCCAGAAAAUAGGACACCAGAUUGUGAGACAAAUCCGCUACUUGCAUAAAACAGCUGUGCGCAGUGGAGGAGGAGGAGCUUUGUUUGUGCACAGAGAUACUUCUGAAAAUAACCCAGAUACUCCAUUUGAUUUCACACCUGAAAACUAUAAGAGAAUAGAAGCAAUAGUAAACAACUACCCAGAGGGACAUAGAUCCGCUGCUGUGAUUCCAGUACUAGAUCUGGCCCAGAGACAGAAUGGAUGGUUGCCCAUAUCAGCGAUGAACAAGGUUGCUGAAGUUUUACAGAUGCCUCCCAUGCGAGUAUAUGAAGUAGCAACUUUCUAUACAAUGUAUAAUCGGAAACCUGUUGGAAAAUAUCAUAUUCAGAUCUGCACAACUACACCUUGCAUGCUCAGAGACUCUGAUGGCAUACUAGAGGCCAUUCAGAAGAAGCUAGGUAUACAAGUUGGGGAAACAACACCUGAUAAACUUUUUACACUGGUAGAAGUGGAAUGUUUAGGCGCUUGUGUAAAUGCACCGAUGGUACAAAUAAAUGAUCAUUAUUAUGAAGAUCUGACUCCAAAAGAUAUUGAAAACAUAAUUGAUGAACUAAAGGCUGGAAGUGUUCCCAAACCUGGCCCAAGAAGUGGACGUUUUUCUUGUGAGCCAGCUGGUGGUCUUACUUCUCUUACUGAACCACCCAAAGGACCUGGAUUUGGAGUUAGAGCAGACCUCUAAGCAUUUAUGUAAUUAAUUAUAAAAACAUAAGCUGUCUAAAAAUAAAACAGUUAACUUCAUUAAAA